ACACAUCUUCCAUCUAUCUGCACGAAAGACCUGAAGACAAUAGUUUCUGCCUCUCCUGACACACAAAGAUGUCUGCAGCUCUGACUCUCCUUCUCAUUGGUUCUCUGCUGCAAGGUGCCCUGUGUGGAGAGUUUAAGGCGUCUAUACCGAAGACUAUAAAGGUUCUUAAAGGAUCCUGUGUGACCAUCCCCUGCUCCUUUGAGAUAGAGGACAAAUACAAUGCACACUUAGAUAACACAUGUAGAGCAAUAUGGAGAAUUGAUCAGAAGACUGUGUUUGACAGCAGUAAUCCACAAACAAGUACAAUAAAGAGAGAACUGAGAGGAGACUUGAGAAGAAAAGACUGCACCACAACCCUGAACAACAUGCAACCUGAUAACAGCAAUAACUAUUUCUUCAGGCUGGGAUGUGACAAUGACCUGAAAUAUAAUUUUGCUGAUCAAAUCUCUAUUUCAUUCACAGAUGUUCCUGCCAGACCGACUCUGACUCCGUCAGCACUGAAGGUGAAGGAGGGAACCUCGGUGAGUUUGAUGUGCUCUGCUCCAGCUCCCUGUCUGUCUCAUCCUCCAACUGUGACAUGGACCCCCCACCUGGGUGAGAGUGUGGAGACACUGCAGGAGAAUCAGGACAAAACUAAAGUCAAGACCUCUGUUGUGACCUUCACUGCCUCUCAAAACCAUCAUGGAAAGACAAUCUCCUGUACGGCCUCCUACAACAAACAAGAUGGCAGCACUGAGUCAGCUGUUAGUACAAGUUUAACAGCUGAUAUUUCAUGUGAGUUCAUUUAUCCUCAUUCAUCGUAAUAUAGAUAUAUUAAUUGAAAUGAUCUUGUCUUUUACCUUUUUAGACUUUUGUUAAAUCAGGGCUGAAAUAAUUAGUCGAUUAAUCCAUUAAUCAUUUGACAGAAUGAUAAUUGUCAACAAUUUUGAUCAGGGAUUAAUAGUUUUAAUGCGACUGAUGGUAAAAAUGUUUCCUGAUCUCAAACUCAAGGAUUUUCUUCUUUUGUCUCUUUUAUAUUACUAUAAAUUGAAUGUCUUUAGUAUUUGGAGUGUUGGUCGAACAGAAGUUGAUUUGAAGACGCCUCCUCAGCUUCUAGAAAAUUAUGACGGGCAUUUUUCACAGUUUUCCGACAUUUUACUAAAUCAUUAAUGAUUGAUCGUAAAAGUAAUUUACAGAUCAAUUGAUAAUGAAAAUAAUAGUUAGUUGCAGCUCCAGGUUAAAGGUCAAAAUUGUCACUUUGGGA